UUCGAACGAGCAAACAAAUGCCGCCUCAAGCCGCGACCCCUCUCGCCAUCCUCUCCCGCUUCCUCUCGUCGCCAUCGCCCCCGCCGCUGCCCGCGCUCCUCCGCGUCCACGCUCUCGCCGUCACCUCCGGCCUCUCCCCUCGCCCCGACCUCGCCGCCAAGAUCGUGUGCGCCUACUCCUCCGCGGGGCGCCCCGGCCUCGCCGCGCUCGCCUUCUCGGCCUCACCCUGCCCCGACACCUUCCUCUGGAACUCCCUCCUCCGCUCCCACCACUGCGCCUCCGACUUCGCGGCCGCGCUCUCCGCCCACCGCCGCAUGCUCGCCUCCGGCGCGCGGCCCUCUCGCUUCACCGCGCCGCUCGCCGCCUCCGCCGCCGCCGAGCUGGGCGCGCUCCGCGUCGGCGCCUCCGUGCACGCGUACUGCGUCGGGUUCGGUCUCCUCGCUGGCGAUGGCUCCGUCGCCGUCGCGUCGUCGCUGGUGUACAUGUACGCCAGGUGCGGCGUCGUCGGUGACGCGGUCAAGAUGUUCGAGGAAAUGCCCGAGAGGGACGUGGUCGCGUGGACCGCGGUGCUCUCCGGGUGCGUGCGGAACGGGGGGUGCGGAGAGGGGUUGCGGUAUCUGGUGGAGAUGGUUAGGCUCGCAGGCCACGGCGGGGCGAGGCCAAACUCACGGACGAUGGAGAGUGGCUUGGAGGCCUGCGGGGUGCUAUGUGAGCUGAAUUCUGGUAGAUGCUUGCACGGGUAUGUGAUGAAGGCCGGGGUUGGCAAUUCCCCAUUGGUGGUUUCGGCGCUUUUCUCUAUGUACUCCAAGUGCGAUUGUACUGCGGAGGCACGUGUUUUGUUCCCUGAGUUGGCAGAGAAAGACGUGGUUUCCUGGACCAGUUUGAUUGGAGCUUACUGUCGAAGAGGGUUUAUUGGGGAAGCCAUGGAGUUGUUCCAGGAGAUGGAGGAUUCAGGUUUGCAACCAGAUGAGGUUCUUGUUAGUUGUUUACUAGCUGGGUUGGGGAACAGUGUGAAUGUGCAUGGAGGGAAGGCGUUUCAUGCGGUUAUAAUGAGGAGAAACUUUGGAGAUAGUGUUAUGACUGGAAAUGCUUUGAUCUCAAUGUAUGGCAAAUUCGAACUGGUGGAUGUUGCAGGCAGAGUAUUUAGAAUAUUGCAUCAACGAGAUGUGGAAUCAUGGAAUUUUAUGAUUGUAGGAUACUGCAAAGCUGGAUGUGAUGUCAAAUGCUUGGAGCUGUAUCGUGAGAUGCAGUUCAGAGAUAAGGAUGAAUUUCUGAGUGAUGACAGCAGCUUGGUUUCUGCAAUCUCUUCUUGUUCACGGCUAGGGGAACUACGAUUAGGUCAGUCAGCACACUGUUAUGCAAUCAAGCGCUUGCUUUAUGAUAAUUCAUCAGUUGCAAAUGUUUUGAUUGGCAUGUAUGGAAGGUGUGGCAAAUUUGAUCGUGCUUGUAAAUUAUUUGGCCUGGCCAAAUUGAAGAGGGAUGUUGUCACUUGGAACGCACUAAUUUCCAGUUAUGCUCAUCUGGGACAUUCGAAUGAUGCCUUGUCACUGUAUGAUCAAAUGCUCACUGAAGGUGUGAAACCCAACUCAACAACUUUGACCACUGUCCUUUCAGUUUGUGCAGAUUUGGCCUCAUUGGAACGUGGAGAGCAGAUACAUUUUUACGUGAAAGAAAUGGGUUUGGAAUCUGAUGUAUCAAUUAGUACAGCACUUGUUGACAUGUACACUAAAUGUGGGGAGCUUGGAAUCGCUAGAAGGACUUUUGAUUCUAUGUUUCAACGUGAUGUGGUUUCUUGGAAUGUGAUGAUAUCAGGCUAUGGGAUGCAUGGGAAAGCAAAAGAAGCAUUAAAAUUAUUUAGUGAGAUGGAGGGAGGAAGUGUUAAGCCUAAUGGUGUUACCUUUCUUUCCAUUCUAUCUGCUUGCUGCCAUGCAGGGCUUGUUGACGAGGGUAGGAAGCUGUUUGUUAGAAUGGGUGAAUACUCCCUUGAGCUUAACCUGAAGCAUUACGCUUGUAUGGUGGAUCUCUUAGGGAAAUCUGGGCAACUCCAAGAAGCAGAAGAUCUGAUUUUGGCUAUGCCAAUAGAACCUGAUGGUGGGAUAUGGGGAACUUUGCUUAGUGCCUGCAAAGUGCAUGACAACUUUGAGAUGGGGUUAAGGAUUGCAAAGAAGGCAUUUGCUUCUGACCCAGGAAAUGAUGGUUAUUACAUUUUAAUGUCUAAUUCAUAUGGCACUGUUAAAAAAUGGGAUGAGAUAGAGAAAUUAAGAGAUAUGAUGAAGAAUCAUGGAGUAGAAAAAAGUGUAGGUUGGAGUGCAGUUGAUAAUUGUGGGUGACUUCAAUUUCAGUUAUGCUCUUUCCUCACUAAUGGUUACAAUAGCCCAGUCUAUACAGUAAUAUCAACUGAGUAGAGCUAAACUGUGUCUAACGAGAAAUUGGCAAGAACAACGAUCAGCGUCAUGCCUGUAGCUGUAUCCUGAUAAAUAUAACCUGACCGAGUCCAGAACUUAAAAAUGCACUGAAAAAUACAACUUUAUCUGUUUUACCGUCUUAUAGAUGGAGGUCCAAAUUUUGCUGAUCGAUGCAUCGGCUUGUUGACAUUAAUCGUGGUUACAACUUCGGAAGAUUUGGGCAUAUGGAUGGAAUGAAUGGUAUGAAGUAAGUCCAUCACAAUUUAAGGCCAAAUGCCUAAUGUCUGUAAGUUCCCCAAUGUUAUUUUUUACGUCUUAAUAAAGGUUAAGGUCAUCAAAAAGUGACUGUGCUUCUUUUGGAGAAUACACUAAUUGAUCCAUUGUGCCAUCUGUAAUGUAGUAGUGGAAAUUCUUCAGUUAAAGGUCGAUAUGCGCACAUAAUAGAUCUGUGUGCCAAGCUGGCUGUAUCAUGGCAGUCACAGAUUUUGUUGGUAGUAGAUUUCUGUAUGGUGCUGACUGAAUCAUCAUACUGGUGAAUCACAGUAUCACUAUUGCAGUUUUCUUUAAGAACUACUGAGCUGUAUAAUGUUGCUGCAAUUGUUAGUUGCAAAAGAAUGACACAUAUCCGAAAUUGUGUACCCCACUGCGCAUGAUAAGGUAACUCAUUCUGCCGGUUGAUCUGACAUAUGUACUGUAUAAUUUAUUACUUUUUAAUCACUGCCUCCUUUUCUGUUUCACUGUGCAUAUUUUCACUGACUUCUCCAGGUUCAGCAUAUCCAUCUUCUCCCUUAACUUUUCUUGUUGCGAUACAGCAUUUCUUAUGGUUGCAUCCAAUUUCCCCUUCUCUCUUUGUGAUACAAUGUUUGGUGUGGCUACCAUUUCUUUCAACUGCUAAUGCAAAUAUUGCUUUUGAAUUUUCAGGGAGAUAUCUAUUUGCUGAGUCCUCGUGACGAAACGCAAAGGAAAGUCCAUGCGUUGGCUGCAUGUAAAUGCAAGGUGACGCAAAAGAGCUCAUGAAGGUAUAUGAGACAACCUCGUCUUAUCACUUGAGAAUUCAUUUUUCAUCAACACUGCACACGGGUAUGUGAUGAUGCCUUCUUGCAUUCCAGGGGUUCAACUUACAAGUAUGUCAUAUGCACGGUUGAUCUUCUGUAGUUGUAGGUUUGGUUCUUCAUCACUUCAUUUUGUUCUACAUCAACAUGAUGGGCGAUGCUGACCUGUUAUUCAUUUUGUUCAAUCUCUCUUGAUACGUCGAAGGACCGAAACUUCCUACAGACAUGCUAUGCACCAGAAUUACGAAGUAGGGUCGGAUAAUGUUACCCAAUUUCACAUGCCUUUGGUGCCACAUUGAUGCAGAGCUAGCAGUGGUACUGUUAGCAGCUGGAGCAAACGGCGGCAGGCUGGCAGCAGCAUAUGCAGCAAACUCUUCAUUUGGAUCUCUGCACCAGCUCUUUUGCAAUGCAUUCGUUGAUGAGAAUGGGGAGGGAAACGAAGUUACGAUCCGGAUCGAUGAGUUUCCCCUUACAAAUGUUUAUAGAGGAUCAUGGUGUGUUUUUAUGUAACAUUGCUCAUAAAAUUUCUAGGAUUAGGAGCAACACAAGAAGCUGAAAAACACUGAUCAACUUGUCAAAAAAUAUUUUUUGGCUGUCUGUUAACGGUGCAUGGUUGAGCACGCGCCGUGGGGGACCCGGAAGAAUAAAUGAUACCUGACAUCUUGUAAUAUUUUUCUUCUGACGAA